AUGGACAUGCGUGGCUUGGCUCACUUUAUCCAAGACGUGCGUAAGGCGACGAGCAGUCCAGCUGAGGAGCGCAGGCGCGUCGACUUAGAGUUGGUCAAGAUCCGCUCAAAGUUUCGGGACACAGCUAAGAUGAGCACGUACGACCGGAAAAAGUACGUCUGUAAAUUAAUGUUCAUUGCCAUGUUAGGGUAUCCCGUUGAAUUUGGUCAUAUGGAGGGGAUCAACCUGCUCUCACUAACAUCCCCGGCAGAAAAACUCAUUGGGUACCUCUCUGUCGCAGUUUUCCUCCACGAAAAUCAUCCUCUACUGAUUCUGGCCACUCACAUGAUAUACAAGGAUCUUCUGUCAGAGCAGGAGUUUAACAUGAGUUUGGCCCUCACAGCGAUUGCCAACACCGGCGGAAAAGACUUCGCUGAGGUUAUGUCUUUGGGCGUGAAAACAAUUCUUAUGAGCGAUCGAUGGGAUGUACAUAUUCGAAAAAAAGCUGUUCUGACAUAUUUGCGUAUAUACCGCAAGUACCCUGAUUUCGCUGAUCUAAUGGAGGUCGUUCCUGUAGUCAUAGGCCUCGUUCUUAGUCCAUUGUUUGGUAUGAGUGGCUGUGCCGUGGUGUUUCUCACAGGUUGCCUCAACAAAACAAAUAUUCACCUUUUUCAGUUGAUUCCCUGCAAGAUCAUUGAACUGCUUGAAAAAAUUAUCUUGGGAAAGCAGACAGAGCCCGGAUACGUUUACUAUGGCGUUCCUGCGCCAUGGCUACAGGCGAUGUCAAUAAGACUUUUAAGAAAGUUCCCUGCUCCUGUGGACUCACAGCUGAAAGAGAAGGCGCUUCGUGUGUUGCGAAGUAUUGUACAGGCAACGGAUAGGGUGUUGCGAGAUGCGCAGACGCAGCAGAAACAGAAGGGUACCAUGAACCGUGUCAGCGCUAUGAAUGCAGUGCUAUUUGAAGUGGUCUUGUUGGUCCUUGAGUGGGACGUCGACACCAAGCUCCGCACCGAGUGUCUGGACCUACUCGCUAGCUUUGCUGCAGAGAAGAAAGAAUCGAACUUGCGUUACCUUGGUUUUAGUUUGCUGUCGCGAGUGUGUGCCCCAAGAGGUUCUCGCAAUGAGUAUAGGCUGUACUGCCGGCAGUACCAACCGCAAAUAAUCGUGGCUCUACAUGAUCCCGACAUCUCCAUUCGCACAAAAGCACUGGAUGUUACUGUGAAUAUGUGUGACGCGGAAAGUGCGAGCGAGGUUAUUGGGGAUCUGCUGUCGUACCUCCCAAUUACGGAUGGUGCAUUCAAAGAGAGUAUUGUACUUGCUAUUGCCCAUUUGGCGGAGAAGUAUUGUACUGACUAUGGGUGGUAUGUGGACACUGUCAUCUCCAUCAUUGCACAAGCUGGUAAUCUCGUUCCGCAAGAGCUUGUCUAUCGCGUCGUGCAUGUAAUCAUAAAUCACUCUUACGUUCAGAAGAGGGCGGCAAUGAGCUUGUUCAGCACACUGAUGAACCGUAAAACUGUCCCUGAUGUCCUUUUGCGUGUUGCAUCCAUCGUUCUGGGCGAAUUCGGAUAUCAAAUCGCACUGAAUCCUGAAAGUACACCACUUAUGCAAGUGACUGUCCUCCAGAAUCANCUCAAUGAUGCGUCCGAAGAGGCCCAGUCUCUAGUAUUGAGUGCAUUUGUAAAACUUUACAACUACUACGAUGGUCUCGUCCGUGAGAAGAUACUAAAGGCUCUCCGUGCAUACAGGACUAAUUUUAAUGUUGAGUUGCAGCAACGUGCCAUGGAAUACGUCGGGCUCAUCGAACUGGGCAACGACGACCUUUUGCAAAAGGUGUUGGAGCCUUUGCCGUUUUUUGAGGGUGAUACGUUCGCCACCGUAUUGGAUGGGCCCUCUCAAGCAGUGGUGGGUCUUGUACCACAAUCGGCCGGGACACAAAACAGAAGAAGCAGCCAAGAUGCAUCUACAACAAAACAACCGUCGAAUCAAACGAUUCUUACCGGUUUGCUUGAGAUGAAUCAUGAUGUUUCGUUGAAGUCGGGAUGGACGAAAGACACCGUCAUGGAGGCACUGUUUGAAGUGAGCUCGGCUGUCCAGUUAGAACGCAUUACAAGGGAGAGUGAGGCGGUGCAUCAACUCUUCUUGUCACUCCUUACUAAACCGAAUGGUAUCCUGUACUCUGAUGAGACUGUAGAACUUUACUGUGAGCAGCAGUACCGGGGUGCCGAUGCACGUCUUACUCUCACGGUCCGGGCUAAGGCAGCAGCUGUGUUGCGAAACGUCCUUUUAGAGAUUGUUGGAGCAGAUGCUGGGCUUCUGCUGCAAUCGAGGCAUAAUCACGGUGAUAUCCCCACUGGUGGGGCUUUGCGAGUAGAUUUCGUUGCCAGGUCGUGGGCACCGUAUCAGCAAGCUCCUACCAUACGCCUUUUCCACGAGGGAUUUGGUGAAUUUGCCCCCACGAUGAAGGUUCUCUCCCUCCCCAUCACGACUACUCGAUUUCUUGCUCCAUAUGAUAAUGACGAUGAUGAUGAUGAGGGGGGGGUGGCGUAUGAUACUUUGUGCAGCCAACUGAGCACCGCUUCGUUCACAAUGCGUCACAUUGACGCUGGUUUCUCUCUACACAAAGGGGUUCUUGAGCGGGUACUAACUAGCAUGGGUUUCCGUACUGUUCGUGUCGCCAGCAGCAGGGAGAUCAAGGCCAUUGCGGCCCACGCAACUCAGUCUCACGGUACGCUGUCUUUUAGUCCCGUUGUUGUAGAUAUAAUCGUUUCUAGCGAUGGCGGGGCAGCCACAAAGGUGUUAUCGCAGAGUCCUGUCCUCCAUUCUGCUGUCGCGGACGUCUUGGAACAGCUGUUGCUCGGCUUGGGGAAAAACACAGUCGAAAAUGGCGUGCAUGAUGGUGGCGAUGCUCUGUCUACCAGGACUGAGGAUUUCUUUCUUUCGUAA